CUUAUGAAGCAAUGUUAAAUCCUCAAUUAUUUUAUCUCAUAUACAUAUACCCGGCGCAACAAACGGAUACUCCAUGUGCUUUUCUUCCUCUACUUUAUAUAUUUAUAUCAAUGCAUCUUUUCCAUAAAGAGCACUCUCUUCUUAGGUUUGUAUAAGCUUCAACAUUGCUACAAUGGGAAACUGCUUAGCAAACAACAAAAUAAUAGCACAAGAUGAUCAUGAAAACUAUAAUGAUGAGCAAGCAAAAGUUGAGAAGAAGAUGGAGAUGUCUUCAUCGAAGAAGUUUGAAGCGCGUCCGAGGAAAGAAAGAUGCAUGAAGAAGAACAAGAAGGUUAGCUUUGAGAUACAAAAUGAUGAAGAAGUUGAUAGAGGAAGAAGUGAUGGUAAUAAUUGUAGAAGUGUGAGGAUUAGAGUGGUGAUGACUCAAGAAGAGUUGAAAAAGAUGUUGAGUAGUAGCAAGGAUGAAAAUGAUGAUAAUACUACAUUGGAGCAAUUACUUGGUGUUAUGAAGUUAAGAGGAGGAAAAAUUUGUAAACGUGAUUUGGGUGUUUGUUCUUGGAGGCCAGCUUUAGAAAGCAUUCCAGAGGAUCGUUUAAUUAAGUAGUUGUAUGUUUUGAUAAUAACAAUAACUUUAUGUAAAUAGUAUGAUUGAUUAUUAUUUUCUUUUAAUUGAUGUGUUGAACUCCAUAUCAAUAAGAGGGUUUCAAUUUGGUUUGGAAAAAAGAAAAAGAAAAAACUAAUUAAGGUGGGAUGUAGAUUUGUGCGAAUUUGAUUCUUUGUUCUAUGUUUGGUUAAGGCAUUGAUUCUACAAUUUUCUCCAA